AUGUCGAACACGGCUGUCUUGGAGGAAAAUGCUCUAUCUCAAAGCCUCGACCAUCAAAAGUCCACAACUUUGAACAUCGGAACCAGAAAAUCAAAAUUGGCUCUGGUGCAGACAGACCUGGUUGUGAAAGCCCUGACUGCUGCUUGUCCAGAUAAUGUCUACGCGAUCAAAGCUCGAGAUACUGCCGCAGGUGACAUCGAUAAAGUUACUCCUUUUAAGGAUAUGCCAGUCAAGAACAUUUGGACUCACGAGCUUGAGACUUUGAUGAUCGAGGGACAUCUCGAUAUCUUGGUUCAUUCCCUGAAAGAUGUGCCUACACUAUUGCCGCCAGGCUGUGAACUUGGCGCUGUGCUUGAUCGUGAAGAUCCUCGGGAUGCUUUCGUACUCAAGGCUGGGCGGGAGCCAAUUACUAUUGACAAGCUUCCUGCCGGCUCGGUGAUCGGGACGUCUUCUAUCCGCAGAACUGCACAGAUUGCCUGGAAAUAUCCUCACUUGGUUGUGAAAGAUAUGAGAGGCAACGUUGGGACACGGUUGGCCAAACUGGACGCCGAUGAUGGACAAUUCGAUGCAUUGAUUCUUGCGGCUGCUGGUCUUCUUCGACUGGACCUAGGGAACCGAAUCACUCAAUACUUGAGCUCAGAAAGUGGAGGUAUGCUAUAUGCUGUCGGACAAGGUGCCAUUGGAAUUGAAAGUCGAUCGAACGACCCACGUGUGCAGGCUUCGCUCAAACUUAUCGACCACCAAAGAACACAUUUGGCCAUCGCCGCUGAAAGAAGCUUGUUGAGAACACUCGAAGGAGGAUGCAGUGCUCCCUUAGGUGUAGAGACCAGUUGGCACCAGACCAAAGACGGCAAAACACUUCUCCAAAUGAAGUCCAAUGUCGUCAGCACGGACGGGAAAGAAUUUGCAGAAAUAGAUUUGAAGCAGGAAGUCAACACGAGAACUGAAGCAGAGUCGUUUGGUGUGUAUGCCGCCUCAGAAUUACUACACAAGGGUGCCGACAAGAUCCUCAAUGAGAUCAAGGCCAAGAAGCCAACCACAGUCACUGAUUUAAUUGAGACAUGA